AUGGUUUUAGAUGAUGAUUUUCAGAAGUUAGAUUUAUCUAAUAACCAUGAUAAUAAUCGUAUUUUAGACAAACAUGGCCAUAAAAUUAAAACUGAUGAAUUUUCUAUAUCUAGAGGGAAAACAAACAAAGAUAAAGCUAAUAGAGCUACAGUUGAAAAUGUCUUAGAUCCUCGUACCAUGAGAUUUUUAAAAGCUUUAACUUCAAGAGGGAUUAUUUCAGAUUUUAAUGGUUGCAUUAGUACUGGUAAAGAAGCUAACGUGUACCAUGCCUUUGCUGGUGAUACUAUAUCGCCAUUUGAACCCAAAACUCAUGAUUCAUUCGAAAAUUUGGUUAAUACCUAUGAUCCAUAUUCUAACCCAAAUAAUAAUGACACUAUUUUAGAACCUAGAAAAGAAUAUGCAAUUAAAAUUUACAAAACUUCUAUCCUGGUGUUUAAAGAUCGUGAACGUUAUGUUGAUGGUGAAUAUCGUUUUAGAAAUUCAAGAUCCCAGCAUAACCCAAGAAAAAUGAUUAAAAUUUGGGCAGAAAAAGAAUUUAGAAAUUUGAAAAGAAUAUAUCAAAGUAAAGUUAUACCAGUACCAAAACCAAUUGAAGUGAAAAAUAAUGUUCUUGUUAUGGAAUUUUUAAAUAGAGGCGAUGGUUUUGCAUCCCCAAGAUUGAAAGACUAUCCAUAUAAAGAUCACAACGAUAUUGUUCAUUACUAUCAUACUAUGAUUGUAUAUAUUAGACUAUUAUACCAAGUUUGUCGUUUAGUUCAUGCAGAUCUUUCCGAAUAUAACACAUUAGUCCAUAAAAAUAAAUUAUAUGUCAUUGAUGUCUCUCAAAGUGUGGAACCUGAACAUCCAAUGAGUUUAGAUUUUUUAAGAAUGGAUAUUAAAAAUAUUAAUAAUUAUUUUGAAAGAAUGGGGGUAGCUAUAUUUGCAGAACGUAUCAUUUUUCAAUUCACUAUAUCUGAAACACUUGAUAAUUUUAAUGGUAACUAUUCUAAUGAAGAUGAUUUACGAAUGUAUGUUAAGAAUAACCUUCCUUUAAAAGUUCCCGGUAAAGAUGAUGCUGAAGAUGAAAUUUUUAGAUCGUUACACUUGGUCAGAAAUCUUGGAGGUCUUGAAGAAAGAGAUUUUGAUAGAUAUACUGAUGGUAAGUUUGAUUUGCUAAAGAGCUUAAUUGCUCAUGAUAAUGAGAAAAAUUUUUCUGCUUCUGAGCAAUAUAAUUUUGAAGACAAUACAUUAUCAAACGAUGACGAUGACAAUGAAGAUGAUAUUAGUAAUAGUGACCCUGAUAAUAGUGAUUCUGAUGAUAGUGAUAGCGAUUCUGAUGAUAAUGAUGAUGAUGAUAAAGUUGACGUAUUUGAAGAUAAAAAAGAUAAAGUUCUAAAGGGUAAAAAAUAUGAAGAUAAAGAAGAGAAAAAACAACGUAAACAAGAAGCCAAAGAGUCUAAAAGAGAAAAAAGAAAGACUAAAGUUAAAAAACAUAUCAAGAAGAAGUUGGUUAACAAGACAAAAUCAAAGAAAUAG